GGUCCCCUCGAAGGAAUGUUCCUGGUGUUAAAUAAUGGUCAUUCAGUUGCGAUAAAUUUGCCUCCCUCUAUGUCCAUCAGCAAAGGGCUGGAGGACCGCUACACGGCUGUUCAGAUGCACUUCCACUGGGGUGGACUCGAUCUGGAGAGUAGCGGCUCUGAGCACACGAUUGAUGGCAUACGAUAUGUGGCAGAGUUACACAUUGUUCAUUACAAUUCGGACAAAUACAGCAGUUUCUCUGAAGCUUCUACCAAACCAGAUGGAUUGGCCGUGCUUGCAUUUUUCUAUGAGGAUGGACAUUUGGAAAACACAUACUACAGUGACUUUAUCUCCAGCUUGAGUAAAAUCCGUUACGCAGGCCAGUUUACAGAAAUGCAACCAUUUGACAUCAGCACAAUGCUGCCAGAUAACCUCUCCAACUUCUACAGAUACAAAGGUUCUCUGACAACCCCACCUUGUUUUGAGUCUAUAAUCUGGACAAUCUUUGACACACCAAUUGUGCUCUCCUCUAAUCAGAUCCGAUUGUUGGAAAACUCUGUGAUGGACUGGGAGAACAAAACCCUGAGGAAUGAUUAUCGGCACGCACAGCCAAUUAACGACAGAGUUGUGGAAGCCUCAUUUCAACCUCUCCAGCAGAAAGGUCAAAGCCCUGUGAGUUACGUGGAGAUCCAAACCCAUCGCAGCAUGAACCUCACUUCAUUUACAAUGUGCUUGUGGAUCAGAGCCAGUGAUUCCCUGCCGCGGAUCCUCCUGUCAUACGCAACAAGGGAGAGCGACAACGAACUCGUUCUUUCUGUGGGCCUUGACUGGGGGCUGUGGAUUGGAGGCCAGUUUGUGAAUGUGCCUUUGAACUUCCAGACAAACGAGUGGGUGCACUACUGUGCAACGUGGACUUCUGAGACGGGAGCGGUGGAAAUGUGGAACAACGGGCUUGUAGCCCGGGCGAGACACGUUAAGAAGGGAUACAUUAUUGAAGCAGGCGGAUCCCUGAUCAUGGGGAAAGACCAGGAUGGCAUUGAGGGCAUGUACUCUGAUGCGUUUGUGGGAGACGUAACCACUCUCAACAUGUGGGACCAUGUGCUCAGUCCUUCAGAGAUUCGACGUCUAAUGGAGUGCAGGUACAGAUGGAGGAAGGGCAAUGUGGUGGGCUGGGGGGUGAGCUCCGUGGCACUGUUUGGUGGUGUGACACUUGCGGAGGACACCAUUUGUUUUGGAUAAUGAGCUGGACGGGAGACCCCUGGCAUUGUGUCCCCAGGUGGGAGAGGAGUUGGAGAUGUAAAUGAAUAUAAGGAACACAGAACAGUACAAACCUUUCAUCCCACAAUAUUGUGCUGAC